AUGAUUUUGUUUAAAGUUUUCAUUUUAUUGCUACCUUUCGUUGUUUACAGUGAAUCGAUUACAAGGAUUCAAUUACAUUCAUCUCUUCAUUUAAACUUAUCUUAUCCUGUAUUGAAUCAUCAAUGGAAUUUAUCAAUUAAACAAUUCAAAAAUAAAUGGUUCCAAAGACUGACAUCAUCAAAGGAUGGAAUAUAUACUGAAUAUUUAGAAAAUUACCAAAAUAUUGAAUAUUAUGGAGAAAUUUCUAUCGGGACUCCACCUCAAACAUUUUAUGUGAUAUUCGACACAGGAUCACCAUAUUUAUGGAUACCAUCUAAAAUGUGUGAUUCCAGUGAUUUAGCAUGUCAAGUACAUCAUAAGUAUGAUAGUUCGAAAUCUUCAACUUAUAAACCGAAUGGUGAAUUAUUUUAUGUCCAAUACGGCACUGGAAUAGCAUCAGGAUUUUUAAGUUCAGAUUGUGUUCAUAUCGGUUCAUUGAAUAUUGUCGAUCAAACAUUUGGCGAAGUAACUCAUCAACCUGGUCAAGUAUUUAUAAAUUUUCAUUUUGAUGGAAUUAUGGGUAUGGGAUUUCAACAAAGAUCACAAAAUUCUAAUCCAAAACCUAUAUUUUUGAAUCUGAUUGAACAGCGAUUAGUAGAUAAACCUGUAUUUGCAGUUUAUUUAAAUCUUAAUGAAGAUAAGACAACUAGUGGAGAAAUAAUGUUUGGUGGGAUUGAUGAUAGAUAUUAUACUGGUGAUUUAACUUAUUCAGACGUUGUAAGUGAAGAAUAUUGGAUGAUUAAAAUAGAUGGUAUAUCAAUCAACGAUAAAAUAUUUUGUCCAAGUGGAAGUACCGCACUAAUUGAUACGGGUACAGCUUUAAUAUCAGGUCCAACUGAAAAAAUUAAUAAUAUAAAUAAAUAUCUUGGAAGUAUACAAGUAUCUAAUAAUGAAUACAUUGUGGAUUGUAAUAAAAUUCACAAGUUACCAAUAAUCGAAAUAAAGAUUAAUGGCAAACCUAUUCAAUUGAAAGCAGAUGACUACAUUGUUGAGAAAGUUUCAAACGGUUCACGAAUUUGCAGGACUUGCUUCAUUGGUACUGACUUCCCAAGUGGCCCGUUAUGGAUAUUUGGGGAUGUAUUUUUAAGAAAAGUUUAUACAGUAUUUGAUGUUGGUCAACGGCGAAUAGGAAUUGCUGAUGUCGCAGAAGAGGUUAAAUCCUCGUGA